UCAAAACAUUUCGUCAGAAUUCGGGAAAUACAAAAUGUAUUUGUGAUUCAACUUUGCGUAACAUGUUGCAAACAUUAUGUAUAAUAUUAUACCAUUUUAAUAAUUAAUAAGUGAAGAUUUUAAUUACUAGCUAGAUUCUUAUGUGAUAAUACUGCGUAACCGCUAGUCACUGCUACUGUUUCAUUGUUUGUACAGUUGCAAUAUUUUCGUAAUCUUUGCGUCACAGUUGUAAUUAUUUUGGCCGUAUUCUGUUUGUAUCGUACUUUUGUUGACUCACAAUCACUUUGAAUACUGUAUUGGCAAUAGUGAGUUGUGUUUCAAUGUGACCUUGAACCUAAGGAAACAGCUGUUAGGACCAGAUAACCAUGGACUCUUUCUUCAGUCUGUUUGACCCGUCAGAGGGUGGGCAGGCGAAGCAAUCUCAUAAGAAGCGACAGAAAUCAGAUGCGGAUACAAAAAAGAAUCCAGAUGCACCAAAAGGUAGAAGGAAAGGUAGGAGAUCACACGCUAAACAAGAGACCCAGCCAGAGGAAUCGUCUUUCCUCUGCGAACCGGAUCUUAGUACUGAGCUUCUAGUCAAAGAUUGUAGCUAUAUUGAAAACUAUAUGGAAGUCAAGAAAGAUGAUGAUACGAAAUUGGAUAAACCGAAACGUCGUAAUUCAGGUAGAAAAUACAGAAGGAAAAAGAACAAAAUGUCUCCAACGAAAGAUAUAGUUCCAUCGUGGGUAGACGCAGAAGAAACAGAAGACCCUAAGAAUUGGAACAACCAAUCACCGGUACCUAAGCUGUGUGAUGAAAAUAUAGGCAAAAAUGUUAAUGAUCUAGGCAAAGAAGAUUAUAAAAAGAAUAGAAGGAAAGGUUUUGAUAAAGAUGGUUUUCUAGAUAAAGAUAAAAGUGGGUACUUAGACAGAGCGGUUUAUCACAAUGUGAUAGAUAAAUUGGAGAAAGUUGGUCUGAAAGAGGAGAUGUAUCUGGCUGGAGAUUUCAAUGAUGAAGAUUUGGAAAAUGAUUUUUUCUACAGUUCUGACGAUAUGGAAGAUUACUUCGAUGAUGAUACUACAUCCGACUCUGAGGAUUCUGGUGAGGAGUGUUACGGCAGUUUGCCUCCGGAGCCAAGAUUUGGUAAUGUUGAAUAUAAGCUGCAGUUAGUUGAGCCUUGUGAGAGAAGAUUUCAACAUUUGGUUACACAGUUAAAAUGGCGGCUACGAUCAGGGGGAGGUAGCGCGGUGUAUGUGGUGGGGGUACGUGACUGUGGUGCACUGAGGGGGUUACGUGCGCGUGCGCUGCGCGCCAGCCUGCGCGCGCUGCGUCGUAUGGCGGCCGCACUGGGGGCUGCGCCUGUCGCAGCACGCGCACGUCGCCUCGCACCACAUAGAGCUGUCGCCGAGGUUUAUAUACGAAAAUUGGCAGACACACAGCAGAGUGUGGAGCUGAGGAUCGCAGUAUUGGGUGCCAACGAGGCCGGCAAAUCUACAUUAAUUGGGGUACUAACUCAAGGUGAAUUAGACAACGGUCGUGGCAGCGCGCGUCUGAACAUGUUCCGACAUCUGCACGAAGUUAAAAGCGGCCGUACUUCAUCACUCAGCCAUGAAAUACUAGGAUUUGAUGCUCAGGGUAAUGUGGUCAAUUAUGGUUGUUCGGAGUUAAUGACAGCGGAACGUAUAGGAGAGAGGAGUGCCAAAUUGGUGUCAUUCCUGGACCUGGCAGGUCAUACGAAGUACCAGAGGACGACGCUGCACGGACUCAGCGGGUACUCCCCGCACUACGCUAUGAUUGUGAUAUCAGCAACCGCAGGCAUCACACGUAUAACAGAAGAGCACAUAGCACUACUCAUCGCAUUAGAACUGCCAUUCUUUGCUGUAAUCAGCAAAUGUGAACUCUGCCCGGCUAAUGUUAGACCUCUGAUGCAACGGUUAGAAGAAUUGUUGGCUCCUGAAGGGGAUACCACCUUUAAAAAGAAGAAACCAGUGUUGAUAACGGAUGAGAAUAUGGCUCGGAACUGUGUCGCACCUCAACAGUCCAUCCUUGACUCUAUUGACAAAUGUUCUGAUGAUGAUGACAAGAAAGAUGAUGGUAGCAUAGAACAAGUGGCCGUGUUCCCGGUGAGCUGUGUGCGCGGUGCGGGACUGAAUGCUCUGCACGCGUAUCUACUGGCGCUGCAACCCCCGAUACCUGAUGUUCAGCCGCAACAAGAUGAUGAAACAUGUGAAUUUCAAAUCGACGAGAUUUUCCACGUGGGUGACAGUACCGGGCCUGUUGUUGGGGGAUUGCUCGCCAGAGGACAACUGUAUGAGGGAGACAACCUGAUUAUAGGUCCAUUAGAGAAUGGUGAAUUUGUGGAGAUAUCAGUGAAAAGUAUAUACAGGAACAGGGUGCCCUGCGGCAGCGUGCGCGCUGGACAGAGCGCCAGCCUGGGACUGGAUCGCGCCCCGCCAGUGCUGCGACAAGGCAUGGUGCUGCUGGCCGUGCCCGCGGGGUACAGGGCACAUCACAGACCUACAUUCGGUCUUUGCACUUGUAAUACUGGGAUACCACAGGCGAUUCGUAAUUCACAAUCUAACGAGAUGAAAAAUCGUAAAAACGUAAGAAGGAAAAACAAAAAUUUAUUACAAGACAUCGCGAACGUGGAGAACUGUCUCGUCAAACCUAAAGACAAGAUAGAAGAGGGAAAUAUUUAUAGAUCAGAUAGUGUUGAUGACAAAAUAGAUGGAAAUGACAAUACAGAUGUGAAAUGUGUGUGCGGCGAUGUCGUCCCUCUGGAGGAUCCUAACGACCCUAGGGGUUGUUUGUAUUUUCAGGCAACAGUCCACGUGCUGAGACAUUCAACCGCUAUAUAUCCCGGCUUCCAGUGCUCCGUACAUGUCGGCAAUGUACGACAAACUGCUAUUAUUGAGGGUAUAAUGUCGGGUAACAGCGAGCUUCGUGCUGGUGAAACAGCAUCAAUACUGUUCAGAUUCGCGCGAUGUCCUGAAUAUUUAGUACGCGGAAGAAGAAUGCUGUUCACAGCAGGACUUGGCACCAGGGCCAUCGGACGUAUCACACAAUUAUUCCCGUAUCUACCAUCGACUUGAAUAAUACGAUAAAUAAUAUUUGUAUUCACUCUCACCAAUAUUGUGCAUCUCUUUCUAACAUACGACUUGCAUAAUAAAUUCAAAAAAAAAUAGAGGAAUUUAAGGAUAUUCUAUUUUUUUUUAUUUGACACGGAAAUUUUAGUUUCAUUAAAAACAAAGGCUAAUGCAAGAGAUGCUGAGAAAAACUAGUGUUUCCCGUUGGACUGUUCGGAUCGAAUCCGUAGAAUUCGGUCCAACGGGAAAAAUAAUCAAAUGGUCUACAUGGGAAUAAAUUGAAUCCAUAUAAUCAAUUGGUCCAACAGCAAAAAUGGAAAAAGCCAUUGGUAAGCCGAUCAGUCCAACGGGAAACAC